AUGGAUGCCAAAAACAUCAAGCUAAAGGCCAGUCACAUUAAGAAAGAUCCCCUCCUGCAACCGUACUGCCCCACCAUCGACUGCAACCGCGAAAACCCUCCUAUACUUCUACCAAAGCAUCUGACCUCAUUAAAUCAUACUCACAUUAAUUUCAAUACGUCAGCUACCCUAAAGCUAAAGAAUUCAAUAAAAGUAUUAUCUAUACCAGCACUACAACAAAACCAAUACGAAACUUAUAUUGUACUAAGUGAUAAAAGAAAUAGUACAAACCAGCGAAGAAAUUCCUGGUCAGGAAUAGGUGAAAAUAGAUCUUCAGUUAAAAAGACAUCAUCAUUACCAUCACUAAUUAAUCAAUGGACAUGUAUUCGCUGCUUACUAGAUAAUUGCUGUAGAGCAACCCCAAUUUGUACAGCAUGUGGUGCUAGUUCAUCAAUAUCACAAACGCAAACUACUCAGAUAGGAGUCAGAAAAUGUCGAAGGUUAAAUACAACAAAAAAUAAUGGAUUAAGGACACAACUUGAUCUUGUGACUAAAGUCACUAGUGGAUCUGUCACACGAGUUUUGGAUACAAGUAGUAAUGGGAAAAUUUUAAUAGAGCAUAGUAUCAAAAAGUCACAAGAUAUGGCUCAGUUGAAGAGUAUCGAUCGUAGUGAACAAACACACGACAGCGGCAACAAUCGUAAAGAUUGGACACUAGCACCGAUCGAAACAUUACAUUCCAAUCCAUCAGCCAGUUACAUCGAUUCCAGCAUCAAUAAUCCAAGCCAUCCGUCACAACGGUCACCAAAGCGCCACAGCCUAUCGAUAUAUGAACGAGUAAAGUCGAAGGUAAGUCGUUCACUGUCAAACGGGGCAGUCAUGCAGAAGCUUCCCUCAGAUGUCAAUGAUCCCGCUACGAGACCUACGAGUUUAAUCGUUACGGAAAUGAGCCAAGUAGUAGACGAAAGUCUCUGGAGCUGUGACAACUGCACCCUCGAUAACGAUCCGGGGCUCGAACAAUGUGAAGCCUGCGAGGCUCCUAGGAGUCCCGCCCCCUGUAGCGGCGUCGUCAUCAGCGUGCCCGCUUGGGAGCCUAGAACGCUAUCAUUCGCGGGUCCACUACCUUAUCGGAGGUCAUUUUCAGAUGUAGAUUCUGUGGUGUGUGUAGCACAGCGUAAAGCAUCGAAUCGGCGGAGUUUAAACGAUGAUGAGCCACCGGCAGUGCCACCGCAUUCAGGUGGUUUCAACGGUUCUAGACACAAGCAUACAUGCAUUGGUAUUGGAGAGUCAGAUAUGCCACCGCCACUUCCCAAGAAACAGGGCGCUCGAAUGCUUGGUGCCAAUCAACAGCAGGUCCGUAAUUUGCCCGCUCCUUCAGAACAUAUGCUCAAUCCCCUCAAGCGCAUGUGGACUUGCAAAAAAUGCUCGUAUGCAUAUAAUCCUCUCUGGUCGUCAGGCUGUGAUAUCUGCAAUUCUUCGAGGUCACCUCCCACAUUGGCCCAACCUAGUUCAAUCACAUUAACUAAUCCUGUCAUUCUCUUGUCUCGAAGCUCCAUGAAUCAACAAGAAAGACUCAUUGAACGGCGAGGGGGGAACUUUUCAGCGGGCAAAAAUGGCACAUCUCGCAAUCAAUUGGAAUCACCGAUAGCUAUAUCACAGGAUAGUGUGCGCUAUGUCCCAACCAAGGCUGCUACUCUAGCUACUGCUGAAUCCGAUUCGGAGGAUCAAUCGGAGGUACCUUUGCCUUCAUGGACAUGUAAAAAAUGCACCCUUGUAAACCUAACAUCACGAGCUACCUGUGAAGCCUGCGGAGGCUCGAAGCUACGUAGCAUUAAUUUCCACCUUGAGGACCCAACACUACGCAAAGGUGAGUGCUGGAUCUGCCCUUCCUGCACACUGCGCAAUCCUCUCACUGCGCAAGUUUGUAAUGCCUGUAAAAAUCUGGCUGAUUUUCUGGAAUUGCCGAAGGAAAUUAAAAAUGUAUCGCAGAGGAGCCCCAGUCCAAGGUUGACUAAUGUUAUAGCUGCAACGGUUACUAAUCCCAUUCAAAAAAUGAUUACUCCAAGGCACAGGAACUCUGUCAAAAAGAAUGGAUCCAGUGGAUCAAUUACUAAUGCUACCAAUGCUGCUAUUGGUAAUGAUAAAAAACAUUUUAAAAACAAGGACUUGAGUGCGCAGUGGCAAUGUAAGUUGUGUACGUAUGACAAUAAGAGCACAAGCGGCAGCUGCGAGAUGUGCCAAAAUUCUAAAAGCUUAUCACAAGCUGUCGGAGAUAGAAUGCGAAUCCAUCAAGAACCUAGUGCUAGUACUCUGAGGAUACAGCGUCAAGAAAGUGUCAUUAUGGAAAAUCUGCGUCAGAUCGAGGAAAGAGAAGCUCUCGAGAAAUGGGAAAGAAUCGUUAGAUACUGCAAGGAGACAAAUGAGCCCUUUGUGGAUGAUUCCUUCCCUCCAGCACCCAAAUCUCUCUACUAUAAUCCUCUGGAUUCAAAAGAUAAUCACGUCGUCCAAUGGAAGCGACCAUACCAAAUUACUGUUGACCCCAGCGUGGAUUCAAUGCUACCCUGGGCAAUUUUUCGUACACCAUUGCCCUCUGAUAUAUCCCAAGGAGUCCUCGGUAACUGUUGGUUGUUAUCGGCUCUCGCAGUUCUUGCCGAAAGUGAUGAACUUGUGAGGCGUGUUCUUGUAAUGAGGCAAACUUGUCCUGAAGGUGCUUACCAGGUUCGACUUUGCAAAGAUGGUAAAUGGACCACCGUCCUUGUCGAUGAUCUUCUGCCUUGUGACAAAAGGGGACAUCUUGUUUACUCUCAGGCUAAAAGAAAACAGCUAUGGGUGCCUCUAAUCGAGAAAGCUGUAGCUAAACUUCACGGUUGCUAUGAGGCUCUCGUUUCUGGACGGGCAAUUGAGGGUCUCGCGACUCUAACUGGAGCUCCUUGUGAAAGUGUGCCUUUGCAGCCGUCAGCAUUACCGAGUGAGGACGAGCUUGAUAAGGAUCUCAUUUGGGCUCAGCUACUUUCCUCGCGGCAGGCUAUGUUUCUUAUGGGUGCGAGCUGUGGUGGUGGAAAUAUGAAGGUUGAUGAAGACGAAUACCAAAAGAAGGGCUUACGACCAAGACAUGCAUAUUCUGUAUUAGAUGUUCGUGAUGUGCAAGGAAUUAGGCUGCUCCGACUGCGAAACCCUUGGGGACACUAUAGCUGGAAAGGCGAGUGGUCGGACGAUAGUCCUAUUUGGACAAUCCAGUUGCGUGAAAUGUUGAUGCCACACGGCGCUUCGGACGGAGUCUUCUGGAUAUCUUUCGAUGAUGUACUUAGAUACUUUGAUUGCAUCGACAUUUGUAAGACCCGUGUAGGUUGGAGUGAAGUCAGACUACGAGGAACCCUACCUCCCUUGUCGUCCCUUAGUCAUUUGUCAUGUGUACUACUAACGGUGCUCGAACCCACCGAAACCGAAUUCACCCUUUUUCAAGAGGGCCAGCGAAAUUCGGAAAAGUCGCAACGAUCGCAGUUAGAUUUAUGUGUAGUUGUAUUUCGAACACGAUCACCAGCGGCUCCUGAGAUCGGCCGACUCGUGGAGCACAGUAAGCGUCAGGUGCGUGGCUUUGUCGGGUGUCACAAAAUGCUCGAGCGUGAUCUUUAUAUCGUUGUCUGCCUUGCUUUCAACCAUUGGCAUACUGGUAUGGAAGAUACUUCCAGUUACCCCGAGUAUGUGCUAGCAAUACACAGUUCUAAAAGGCUCCUUGUUGAGCAGAUUUCACCACCAGCUUUUGUACUCGCUGACGCCAUCAUUAGCCUUACUCUUGCUAAGGGCCAACGUCAUGAGGGAAGAGAAGGUAUGACCGCUUAUUAUCUAACCAAAGGUUGGGCUGGUUUGGUUGUUAUGGUUGAGAACCGCCACAUUAAUAAAUGGAUUCAUGUAAAAUGUGAUUGCCAUGAAAGUUAUAACGUUGUAUCCACACGGGGACAACUUAGAACUGCAGAUAGUGUUCCUCCACUUCAUCGGCAGGUAAUAAUAGUAUUAACUCAACUGGAAGGCAGUGGCGGCUUCUCGAUAGCGCAUCGUUUAACGCAUCGACUGGCGAAUAGUGGGAAUCUUCAUGAUUGGGGUCCUGCAGAUACCCAGCACUGUCCACCCAUCGAUACGCAAGUCGAAGGACUUCAUAGUCCUCGAUUGAUAACUUGAAAGUACACUACUGAAAGGACAGUUUCGAAUAGAACACGCAAACGACAUACUCGGCGGACGUUUGUAGGAUAUACCAAAGUUUUAAGAUGAGCACACGACUGUAGGUGUAGAUUUAGAUGCUGUAAUAGACCAUUUAUUAACUGACAUUUUAUUGUAUAAUAAUGGCAAUUACUAUCAGAGAUCAGGCUCUCAUAGUUCAGGGCACUCAAAUAUCGUAAGUAGUAUACAAA